GAGAGGAAGAAGCUUUCAGAAUGAAAGAGGAGGAAGAGGAGGCUAUCAGUAUCACAUUGGAAGAAGAGGAGGCCAUAACAUUGAAAGAAGAAGAGAAGGAACAUUUUAGAGUGAAAGAGGAUGAGGGGAUAGAAGUUUUCAGAAUGAAAAAUGAUGAAGAGGAGGCCAUAUCAUUGAAAGAAGAAGAGAAGGAUGUUACAGUGAAAGAAGAGAAAGAACAUUUUAGAGUGAAAGAGGAAGAGGGGAUAGAGGCUGUCAUAGUGGAAGAAGAGGAGGUAGAAGCUUUCAGAAUGGGAGAGGAGGCUAUCACCUCGAAAGAAGAGGAGGAUGUAACAUUGAACAAAGAAGAGGAGGAUGUUUUGGGAGAUGAAGGAGAGGAUGAGGAGACUGAAGAUCUGAUUAACACCAGAGAGGGACCAGACUCUCACUCUGACAGCGGAAAGAGUCCUUCAGGGGGACCAGACCCAGUGACACCCAAACCAGCGAGACAACACCACUGCUCCCAAUGUGAAAAGAGAUUUUCCCUAUCAUGGGCCCUAAAACGGCAUGAGAGGACACACACAGGAGAAAGGCCUUUCCAAUGUUCCCAGUGUGGAAAGAGUUUUACUUUGUUAGGAAACCUGAGGGAGCAUAAGAGAAUACACUCGGGAGAGAAACCGUACAACUGUUCCCAGUGUGGAAAGUGUUUCGCCUGGUCAGGGAGCCUAAAGCAGCAUGAGAGGAUACACACAGGGGAAAAGCCUUUCCAAUGUUCCCAGUGUGGAAAGCAUUUUGCCCGCUUAAGGAGUCUGGAGGAGCAUGAGAGGAUACACACAGGGGAAAAGCCUUUCCAAUGUUCCCAGUGUGGAAAGCGUUUUACCCAGUUAGGGACCCUAAAAGAGCAUGAGACAACACACGCACAAGAAAAGCUCUACCAAUGCUCCCAGUGUGGAAAGAGUUUUAUCAAUUUAAGACAUCUGAAUAAGCACGCAAGAAUACAUACACAGAAGGAGAAGACUUACCACUGCUCUCAGUGUGGAAAGACAUUUUCCCAGUCAGAGGACCUGAAAUCACAUGAGAGAAUAGAGAGGCUGUGUUCUGACUUAUGUUUUUGACCUGAGAAUUUAGGUUUUUGUUCAUGCCAAAUGAAAUCAUAUAGUUUAUAUGAAAUCAUUAACAAACUAGACCUACUUUUGUUUUAGUUUUCAUCUGGAGAUGAUAAAUAAUAUACAAUGUUCCAGUGGCGUGCCGUGGGCCUGGGGCCUGGGCCUUCAGUGAGGUCCUACACAGUCCCACCCGAAUUAAUCCA